AUGGACGAUCUGGUGCCUGGCGGUCAAGGACCUAGACAUCUCCAGCUCUACUUCUAUGACACGGAUGAAACCUUGGAACAUAGAGUUAAGCGGUCUCCAGAUCUUGAUAUCAAUAUCGUAAGGGCGAUUUUGAAGAUACUGGAGGAUAACCCGUAUGUGCAAACCUUCAAGAGCAUUGGAUCUGUUCCGAACCUAGACGAAUAUAGGAUAUCACUAAAUACGGAUAUAAGGCUGGACCAACGAAGGUACAAUGCGCCCCACGACUUCCCGGUGGCCGCGAUGUGGGUUGAGGGGAGUGACCCACAAAAUACCUUUGAUAGGCAAGUUGUGGUGUAUGGCAAAGGGGACCGUCCUAUAUUUAUUAGAGCUUACUAUGGUUGCUAUGAUCCUUUGGCGUAUACAUUAUUCUUCCCGAGAGGGGAGACGGGAUGGAACCGUUGGAUGCCAUAUGAGAAACCACCUAAAGUUGCAAAAUCAAAGAACCAGGAUGACACACCUAAGGUCGUUCAUUGUGAGAACCAGAAUGACAACGAGCAUGAACACUUGCAAGGUGUACAUCAGAGUUCAAAUGUACAGCUGGAAGAAAACACGGAUGAGGUAGAAGAAAACACAGAUGAGGUAGAAGAAAACACAGAUGAGGUAGCAUAUGAUGAAGAGGAUCAGGAUGAUGAUGCAACUGGAGGUAAACGAAAAUUUGUCAGUGCCAGGGAGUAUUACUGCUUCAAGCUACAAGUCAGGAAAGGACUCUUUAAUAUUAUAUUGUUCGGUGCACGGGGAUUCCAGCAAUGGGCUGUUGACAUGUACAUCAAGAUGGAGACAAUGAGACUUGAUUUCUUCUCCAAGCCUAAAAAUCAAAAGCGCAUUCGUGCAGAACUAUACCAGGGUGUUGUUGAUGUUAUUGAUGCUGGCGAGACACGUGGUUCUGAGGUUGGAAAGAGAAUCGUGCUACCACGGACUUUUCCGGGAGGUGAUCGAGACAUGCAACGAAGAUUCCUUGAUGCGAUGGCGAUAGUCCAGCGGUUUGGGAAGCCGGAUUACUUCAUCACGAUGACUUGCAACCCACACUGGGAGGAGAUUACAUCCAGACUUGAACCCGGGCAGACGCCACAAGACCGUCCAGACCUUGUGGCAAGAAUAUACAGGGCAAAGUUGCGAAGUAUGAAAGAUCUCUUAAUCAAGAAACAAUACUUUGGUGAGGUUGCUGCAUAUGUCCAUGUUACUGAGUUUCAGAAGAGGGGGCUGCCACAUGAGCACAUGCUUUUGAUCAUGCGAUCGGAUAGCAAGCUAACAAAUCCAGAUGGGUACGACAAGGUGAUAUCUGCAGAAAUUCCUGACAAGGACAGGUACCCUGUAUUGCAUGCUUUGGUGGUGAAGCAUAUGCUCCACGGACCAUGUGGUGCUCUCAAGAAAAAUUGUCCUUGCAUGAUAGAUGGUGAAUGUCGAUUUCGCUAUCCUCGGCAGUUCUGUGAUGCUACGGAGCAAGGAAAGGACUCAUAUCCUAUCUAUAGGAGGAGGCAUGAUGGUCACCGUGUGAAGGUCAGAGGAGCUGAGCUGGAUAAUAGGUGGGUUGUCCCAUACAACCCUGGUCUCCUUAUGCUGUAUAAUUGUCACAUCAAUGUUGAAGCUUGCUCUAGCAUCAAGGCAGUGAAAUACUUAUUCAAAUACAUCUAUAAAGGACAUGAUCGUGCUUCAUUCUCAGUUGAUCCAGCAGCAGAUACAGAUGGUGGAGUAAUCAAUGAGAUUAAACAGUAUAGAGAUGCUAGGUUCGUGGGGCCACCGGAGUCUAUCCACAGGAUUUGCGCUUUUCCAAUGUACGGUGUCUCUCCCUCGGUCCUCCAACUUCAACUUCAUUUGGAAAAUAUGCAGUCUGUCACAUUCAAUGAGGGUGAUAAUCUAGAGGAUGUUAUCAGUCGGGAUUCUUCUUCCAACACCAUGCUCACUCAAUAUUUCAAGAUGAACAAGGUGGACCCUUAUGCGAGGAACUUCUUGUACAAAGAGUUCCCAGAAUUUUAUCGUUGGAUUAAGGGUAAGAAGAUAUGGCAGAUAAGAAAACUAAAGGGUCAGGGGCAGAUUGGGAGAAUUGUAGAAGCGUGUGAGAAAAGAGGUCUGAUAGAGACCGACAAGUCACUUGAUGACUGCUUGACUGAGUCUGCUACUUUCCAAAUGCCACGUGCUCUAAGAAGGCUAUUUGCAACUAUUCUGGUGUUUUGUGAGGCGACAAACAUCCAAUCAUUGUGGGAGAAGCACCUCGAGUCAAUGUCUGAGGACUACCUUCGGAACCAUCCCAACAAGGCCGCAGUAGAGCAGAUGGUCCUUAGAGACAUUAGGGAUCUGGUGCAUUCGAUGGGGAAGGAUAUUGGAAGUUAUGGCCUCCCAGAUUUGGAUCCGGUAGAUGAUGGCUGUGCUGGUUUUGAUGAAAUACUCUCUCACGUCGUUGACAAAAGGAGCCAGGUAUUCUUUGUUGAUGGUCCAGGUGGCACGGGAAAGACAUAUUUGUACAAAGCACUUCUUGCUAAGGUUCGUUCACUAGGACAAAUAGCUAUUGCAACAGCGACAUCUGGUAUAGCGGCAUCCAUCAUGCCUGGUGGACGCACCGCCCACUCAAGGUUCAAAAUUCCAAUUAAACUCACAGAUAGCAGCAUGUGCAAUUUCACCAAGCAAAGUGGUACCGCAGAUCUGCUCCGCAAGGCAUCUUUGAUAAUCUGGGACGAAGUUGCCAUGACAAAGCGUCAAACAGUUGAGACACUUGAUAGGUCCCUACAAGACAUCAUGGGAUGUGAUUUGCCUUUUGGUGGGAAGGUUGUGGUGUUUGGAGGAGAUUUUAGGCAGGUCCUUCCAGUGGUGACGCGUGGGACAAGAGCGCAGAUCACUGACGCCACACUACGGAGGUCUCAUUUAUGGGAGAAGAUUAGAAAGAUACGUUUCACGCGUAAUAUGAGGGCACAAACUGACCCGUGGUUCUCCAGUUACCUCUUGAGAAUUGGAAAUGGAACAGAAGAGACGAUCGGUGGCGAUUAUAAGAACCAGUGA